AUGUAUAGAAAUAUAUUAAGAAAAUUAAAAAGGCAAAUAAAUACAAUUUUAAAAAUUUAUAUAUUUAUUAAAAAACAUGAACAUCAUUUAAGAAAAUUAUUUGUAAUAUUUCAAGUUAUAAUUUCAAUUGUACUAUUAUCUUUAUCAGUAACAACGAAUGACCAUGAUCAUUUAUUUGAUUCAUGGUAUUAUUUUGCAUCCCAUUUAAUAUUAUCUUUAUUUGGUAUUUUUGUUUUUUUUAAAAAAUCAACAAAUUCAAAAUUAUUGUAUUUGUAUGUAAUAUUACUAAGUGGUUUAUUAAUAACUGCUUCAUUUUCAUUUUUUUGGUAUUCUGGUGAAUUAAAUAUUAUUGAAAAUACAUGUAUAAGUGAUCAAUGUAAUCAUGAUAGAGCAUAUUACAGAAAGAAAACAUAUAAAAUAAUAGCAUUAAUUGUAGUUGAAGGUGUUGCAUUACAUCCCAAUUUAAGUUGGCUAAUUCAAGUUUUAAAAAAAGAAAGAAAAUUAAAACAAUUGAAUACUAUAAAUAAUACAAACGAUACAGCUAUAAGAUCUCCAUCAUUAAAUAAUAUAUCUGGUAAUAAUAAUAAUAAUAUCAAUAAUAAUAAUAUCAAUAAUUCAAAUAAUAAUAUUAAUAAUACUAGUUAUAAUAAUGAUUAUUUUAAUAACCAUAAUAUUAUUAAUAAUAAUAAAAAUAAUAUUUACAAUAAUAAUAAUAAAAUAAAUAGUGAAUUACAACCACCAUCAAUUUUAAAUAAAAAUUCAAAACCAAUUGAAUAA